AUGGAAACUGCCAAGCCGCCAACAAGUUUAUCGAUGCUGCUGUGGCUGCUGCUGCUGUGGGUGCUGCUCUGUGGCGCGACCAUCGGCUCGGCGCUGCCCAAACGCGAGCUGCAAAUGCUGGAGAUGAUGCAGAACAUUUUGGGCGUGGACAGCGCCGAUUUGAGUGGACGCAGCCAGCGCUCGAGUCCCAUGCUGUUCGCCUCGUCGGUGCCCUGCGAGGACAGCCUGCCCGAGGACAGCAGCGCCCAGCUGAGCCUGUUCGACGAGGACCUCGACGAGAGCGAAGAGUGCGGCGACUAUGGACGACCCUGCCACGAGGCCAUACAGCUACAGUCGGGCCUGGAGCCCUGCGCCCGGCCCAUGCUGCCCAUGCAGCAUCCCUGCUUUGUGCGCGUCGUCUUGCUGCGCACGCCUCUGCUGCGGCACGAUCCGUGCACUAACUUCACCCUGGGCAUGGCACAGCCGACAACAACAACCAGCAGCACGACCACCAGCAGCCCCUCUGCUAUGAAGCCCAGGCGCAAAAAGUGCAGAUCCAAGAUGCACAAAUCGACGCCAAGACCAGAGCCAGGCAGCAACAGCAACAGCAACAGCUCCAGCACAAGCCCAGCCACAAGCACCACGGAACUGGAGACAACAACAACUACAACAACAAGUACAAGUCCAACCACAACGAGCAGGCCAGCGGAAACCAGCACCACAGAGCGCACCACGAGUACGACAAGGACCACAGCCAGGACGACAACAACAUCAACAACAACGCCGAGCACCACAACAACCAAGCUGCUGCCCACCAUAUUGGCGCUCGACGAGAUUCCAACCACAACUGUGCCGAGCAGCAGCAGCACCACCGUCGUCUACACCCGCCGCAACCAGCUGAAGUCCCUGCGCGGCAAGCGCCGUAAGCAGCAGCGCGGCAAGUUGGCAGGGGUGCCGGAUAAGCCGACGAUCAAAUUGGAUGGCACCAUGCAGCCCAGUGAUACGUUUCCGGUAUUUCUGACCACAGAGGCCGCCGAGCUGAGAACACGUCCCAAGUCCACCACAAUGCGGCCGGAAGCGAUGGCCACAGCAUCGACAGAAGGUGAAACAACAACCGAGUGCAUCGAAGCAUCCGACGAUGAGGAAACCGCAACGGAAAACGCUGAGAGCAGACCAAACCAAGAAGAAGAAGAAGAAGAAGACAAAGAAACUGAAGAGAGCGAAGACUGUGAGGAUGCCGAAGAUCAGGAUACGAAUCUUUGUCCACAGUUUUCAGCGCCUGAGGAGGCGGCCAAUAUGCGACUUAUGCCGCCGGGAAGCCGCUAUCGCAAGCCUGUCAAGAACUAUGUGGAGCCCAUUCUGUAUGAGGGUCAGUUCGCCAAGCCACGUCAGCGGAUCGGCAUGUUUCCACCGCAGCGGAAAGAUUUUUAUGUGAGCAACAAGCAGAUCAUGCCCAGGCCAAGGCCCAAGCUCCGACAGCCGCUGCCGCAUUCGAUCUACAUGAACAACAUUGUGCGUGGACUCAAGUGCAGCGAUGAGGCCGGCGCACACGCCCAUCCGCCGCAGCCGAGUCGCUACCUAUCCAGGAAGCCAACCACAACGCCGCAGCGUAUCUGGCUGAACAGACGCAAUGGGGGGGGCUACGCGCCGUUGGGCUCGCAGCCUUCAGCUCAGGGCCCGCAACGCGGACGCGGUCAUCCGCUGUAUGGACUCAGCUCCGGCGAGGAUCCGGACUCGUACGGCCACGACAGCGAUCAGUACUAUGAUGAUGACACACCCGAUCGUCUGGCCUGGCCACGUGACCAUCCGCUGCAUGUAUCGUCACCCACUGCGGAUCCCUGCCAGGCGGAGAUUAACCGCGAGAGACAAAGGCAGCGCGAGCGGGAACGGGAGCGGGAGCGAGAGCGGGAGAGUGAUAGGGACAGAGACAACGAGCAUCUACUGGACUAUCCGCAACGUCUGUCGCCACGUUUCUUUACCUAG